CGUCUGGUAUAUUUUGGAUGGUACCAUUUGGAGUUAGUGCUGCUGGAAGUACAAGGAUCUCAAAUGAAUUAGGAGCUGGUAGACCAAAAGCUGCAUAUUUAGCAGUUAAAGUCACCAUGUUCAUGGCCUUUUUGGUGGGGCUUGUAGAAUUUUCUGUCCUUAUGUCGUUAUGGAAAGUUUGGGGGCGUGCUUUUACCAAUGUGCAUGAAGUUCUCACACAUGUGAUUUCCAUGAUGCCAAUUCUUGCAAGUUCUGCCUUUGUAGAUUCAAUUCAAACAGCAUUUCAAGGUGUUGCCAGAGGAUGUGGUUGGCAGAAACUUGGUGCAUAUAUCAAUCUAGGAUCUUAUUAUAUUUUGGGUGUUACUUUUUCCGUUGUCUCAGCUUUUGUAUUCCACAUGAAGGGACAGGGGCUAUUUUUAGGGAUUGUAUUAGCACUUACUGUGCAAGUGGUGUGUUUUCUUCUUCUCACCUUACAGGCCAAUUGGGAGAAAGAAGCAGAAAGGGCAGUUGCAAGAGUAAGAAACAGUGAAGCCAAUGUUGAGGACCAAAAUAUUGAUGUUGCUUCAUAGUUUAACAAUAUUUGUUCUAAGUAGAGCACUUAUCUUGGAAAAUUAAUGUUGUUUAAUUAUAUGAAUCCCAAACUUAGCAUCAAUGUACUUAAGCACAACAUAAUUAUAACUUUGUAGCACACACUCUCAAAACAAUAACCGUCAAUUUUCUGAGAAAUUAUGAACCAAUUUCUUUU